GAAUCGCACGGUUAUUUGCAACAUGCAGUUUCAUUUUCUGAAUCGACAUUUCGAAUAGUUAUCGAGUAAAAUUCCAUAAAUCCCAUAUCUAAAUUAUUUUUUAAAUAGAUUUGUUUACAAUUUGGUCUUAUGUUGAGGAGUUUUUAAAUAAAAGGAGUAAAGUUUAUAAAUUAAAACAAGUGGUAGAAAAAAUUGAAACCGUUAAACAUGGAGAUAGAGAGAAACAAUGCUAAAAUUCAAUGCAGUGAUUUCAAGAAAUGCGGGGAAAUAGCCACAUUGCUGUCGAUUGGAAAGCCGGACUUUUUUUUGAAUUGUGGUUUUUGUGAAUAUACUUUCCUUCAAUUAGAUAAUUUUAUCCGACAUAUGUAUGAAGACCAUCACAACGAAUUUCCUGGAUAUGAGUUAAAAGAAGAACCCAGUGAAAUGGAGGAAAUAAUGAUGGAGGAAAAGUACAACACAGACCCCGAAGAAAUCGACGAUUAUAAUAAUACCAAUGAUUUUAUAUUAAAAGGAUUUGAAAAAGUAGAAAUUGAAAUGGACAUGUCUGAAGAACACGUUCCUCUCGAUAUUGGAGAUAAUUUUACCAAAGAAUAUUGGGAUGAAGAGAACCUGCUUGAAAAUAAUUUACAUGGAGAUGAAUUCCAAAAAGGAUAUAGUAAGGUGAAAUUGCCAUCUGAAAAAGAAAACACUCGUAACCGACAGCACACAAAACAGCAUAAAAACAAAUUAUUAGAUGAUGAAUACAAUAGUGAAGAAUCUACUGAUAACUUCACGAUAUCUGAAAAAAUUAUUGAAGUAGAAAGAAUAUCUAAAGUUAAUCGACGGCGAAAUGAUAAUGGAAAGAAAAAUAAAAAAUUUAUAAAAGAUGAUAAAAUUAAAAGCGAAGAAAGUGGUAAUGACUCAGAAAUUCCACAAGAAAUGGAAAAUUUCUCUUACUUCGAAGAAAAUAGUCAUGUCCUGCCCAAAAAUACACUUGAAUUAAAUAGCAAUCAGCAGCUGACUGGCAAUUCUUACAAAUCAGAUGACUCUGAUGUCGAAAAAGAGUUAGAAGAAACUCAAGUCUCAGAUUCUGGGCAUAGUGAAGAUAAAAGAAACGAGAGUUUAUAUGAAGCACAAACGAAAACAAUACUGAAGCCCACGAAAGUAACAAUACCAAAUAUCAUUUUAAAUGAUACACAAUGCCAGGUUUUAGCGGAUAUAUACAAGACACACACUUGUCUAUGGGAUGAAAAUGAUAUCGCAUAUCGGUUUGGCAAUAGACAUAAAGAAGCAUUAAAUUCCAUACUAGAAAAAUGCAAUGAAACGUGUGGCUUAAGCUUAACUAAUAAUGAAUUGCAAAGUGAAAUUGUAAGACUGCGAAAAAUAACUUCGAUAGAAAAGCGACAAAAAAUUCUUUGUAAAAGAAAUAAUACAAAAUUCAAACCUCACUGCUCAUAUUAUCGGCAUAUUGAAUAUCUCGAAGUGGAUGUGUCACCUUUCGAAUGCACAAUAUGUGAAACAUUGUUUCCUGGUUUGGGUAAACUGAAAGUGCAUGUAGCAUCUCAUGAUGGUUCGCUGCCAUUUAUAUGCUCGCUGUGUGGACAUGGGUUUCAGCUGGCAAGUAAUCUAACCAUACAUUUACGAAGGCAUGUACAGGACUACACGUAUACUUGUGAUAUAUGCAGUAAAUCUUUCGCUACAUCCACAGAUUUAAAAAUACAUGUCCGGUUCCACACAGGUGAAAAGCCCUACGUUUGCUCUAUCUGUGGCCAAAGACGUUCAACUGCAUCACACUUAUUUAUACACACUUUGCGGCACCAAAAUCGACGACGCCACCAAUGUAAGAUCUGUUCAAAGACUUUUAUCGAAAAGGGAACUUUAAAAGAUCACAUGCUUUCGCACUCACAAGUCCGUAAUUAUAUAUGCGAUGUAUGCCAAAAAGGAUUUAAAACCAAAAAGCAUCUAUGUCAACAUAAAUUAAUACAUGCUGCAGAAAAGAAAUAUGCUUGUGCAUUUUGUGAAAAACGCUUUUCACAGUCGGCUGGCCUUAAAGGGCAUAUGAAAACACAUGGUACAAAGCUUUCAGCAACUUAAACAGGGGAUGGGUCCCAUUGUUUGCAAUAGAAAUAUGUUUUAUUAACUUAAAAAGUGUAAGAAAUAUCAAAUAUUCAAAAUAAUAGUAAAAUGGGAUGUUCGUCUGGAACGCAUUUAAGUCAUGUAAAAUCUUUCAGUGUUUAAUUUAUUUAAAUAUUUCUUGUACGGUUAAAAUGUUACUCCCAUACAAUUCUCAUAAUAUUAAUUUGAACCAUUAAAUUUUAUUUAACUUAAACAUAAGUUUUAUGAACUUUUUAAUAUAUAAAAAUAUAUUUAUAUUUUAUAACAAAAUAAAAUAUCACCUGCAUUUAUAAAAACAAGAAACCAUGUAUAGGUUAAGUAUUAUAUUAGCUGAAAUAUAUCCUAUAAACAUCCAUGCGUUUUUGUUGUAACAAUUUUGGCGUUGCAUGGUCAUACCCGCUGUUUAAUAGUUGUUGUAGCGGCUAGUUAAUACCCUCUUGGGUUGUAAGGUUCAAGAUCGAAGUUAUCAAACGGUAGGCUCAGCCCAGGUUUUUGGCUGUUUAAAAAUAUUUAUAUUCGGUUACAUUGGAACUUAAGGUUAUUCGCUUGCAUUUUAGAAUUACAUUCACUGGCUCAGGAAAACAUGUCUAUAAUUAUUCACAAUUGAAAGUGUUUAAGGCGUAUUGAAGUGAUAACUUCAUUAUUAAUAGUUGUUAACAUUUUUUUGUGGCAAAGAAUUAAGUUUUCUUUACUUUCGUGGGUUUUAGUUUCCUCUUAAAUAUAAUUGGUUAUAAGUUAAUUUUAAAAACAAUUUAAAAUUUUUAAGAAAAAGCGGUAAUAAAUAAAUAAAUCUCAAAUAAUAUUGGUCUCAAAA